AUGAAAAGUUCUGAUCUUGGAGAGAAGUCUAAACUGGGAGAACAGCAACAACAAACCGGAUCUUUAUCAAGAACAACACAUGUUGCUCCAAGUGAAGAAAGAACAGUUACACAAACCACUACAGGUUCAUCCGCAGAAGAUGAAGCUGUAAGGAGUUCACCAUCACCAGAUGAUGCAGGUCUACAGAUUACAAAUCAAGGGUUAACAGAAACACAGACAACGUUAUCACCAACUACAGGCACACAAUCAUCUGAAAAGGAUGAUUCUAACACACAAGAACAAUCUGAAACAACCACAGAA